AUUCAAGUGUAUUUACUAUUUAGCAAGAAGAUCCUCGCAAGGUCAGUUUAGUGUUAUAAUGAAAUUUCGAGAGUGACAGUGCGACUCAGGCACAAUUAUUGAGUGAUUUUUGAAAAUAAAUAAGUUAAAAUGAGAGUGUCAACGAUAUAUUUUCAAAGCGCCGCAAAGAUGUUGGACUUUUAUUCACAAUUUAAUCCGUCUCCCUUGUCUAUAAAAAAAUUCAUUGAUUUUGGUCUGAACGCGUCCGAAAAGAAGUCGUUCGUGUUUUUAAGGAAAGAACUGCCGGUGAGAUUGGCUAACAUCAUGAAAGAAAUCGCUUUAUUACCGGAGAACCUUUUACGCAUGCCUAGCGUCGUGGCCGUCAAUGAUUGGUACAUGCGUAGUUUUCAAGAAAUCAUCGAAUUCGAAAAAACAGAUCCAAACGUCGAAACGUUGGAGCAUUUUUGUAACGAGCUAGUUAAAAUUAGGAAUAGACACACCAACGUCGUCGAAACAAUGGCGCAAGGUGUAUUAGAAAUGAAGGAGUCCCACGAUAUCGAUCAUCACACCGAACACAGUAUUCAAUAUUUCUUGGACAGGUUCUAUAUGUCGAGGAUAUCAAUUAGAAUGUUAAUUAACCAACACAUAUGUUUAUUUUCAGCCUUAUUGUUUGGAGGUCAAUUGGAGAACGCGCCCGGACCUAACAAAAGUAAAUACAUCGGUUGCAUAGACACGCAAUGCGACGUUGUCAGCGUUAUCAAAGACGCUUACGAAAACGCCAGAUUCCUUUGUGAUCAGUACUAUUUGGCAUCGCCGGAUCUUAUAAUCGAAAUAUCCAGGAAUAAGGAUUCCGAAGACAAACACAUCACAAAUAUAGUUUACGUUCCAUCGCAUCUUUAUCACAUGCUUUUCGAACUAUUUAAAAAUUCGAUGAGAGCUGUCAUGGAGUACCACGGAUCCGUCGAUCAGUACCCACCGAUUACUGUGACAGUUUCUAAAGGAAAAGAAGACAUAUGUCUAAAAAUGUCCGACAGAGGUGGUGGUAUACCGAGAUCAACAACAGAUCAUCUUUUCAAAUAUAUGUAUUCAACAGCUCCACAACCAAGCAAAUCCGAUGCCCAUACAGUUCCAUUAGCGGGUUAUGGUUACGGAUUACCUAUUUCCAGAUUAUACGCCAGGUAUUUUCAUGGAGAUCUCGUACUUUUAUCUUGUGAAGGCUGCGGAACAGAUGCAGUAAUUUAUCUCAAGGCAUUGUCUAAUGAAGCUAACGAGCUUUUACCGAUUUUCAACAAAACAUCAUCAAAGUUUUAUAGAACCAUCGUUCAAACCAAUGAUUGGUCCAACCAGUGUACGGUCAUAGGUGACAGGCAGAUCACUACAAAGUCGAAGAGGCACGAAGUUUCGCAUUCGAAUAAAGAAUCUAUGACUAGAGCGUUAUAAUACUGUAAACAUUUUUUAAAAAUUAGAGUAAUGUAGAGUAACUCUAGUUUUGAGAGGGUGUGGAAAAAUAGACUUUUAAAAAUUUUUCGGUGUACAUUUAGAUGCUGCUUACUUAUUAAUUUUACUUCCAUUUUUUCACAGAAAAGGUGACAAACACAAACACGACACCUUGUAUCUAUUCAGUGGAAAAUUUUAUAACCACCAAUAUUUUGUUUAGUUAAUUAAGUGAGGGUAAAAUUGACCAAUUAUGCAAUUUUUUGAUCAUAUAUGAGUUUUUUACAAAUAUAAACAAACACUAAAUGUGAAUGAAUAUAAUACCAACGUUGUCGUUUUUGUUCUUGUUGCUUAUUUUUGUCUUUGUCAUGUUUAAUAAAGCAAUUAAGUGAAAAGUAAUAAUAAUGAUAUCCCACACUCUCAAUCACACUAAUUUAUUUUCAUUGAAUAAUUUGUUUUUUUUUAUUUGGUGUGAUCCUAAUUUUGAUUGUUAAAAUUGGAAUAGUCUUUUAUAUAUUAAGGACAUUCAGUGAUAGUUGCUAUAUGAUAAAAACUGUUGCUCCACAUCGAAUUGUAUAGUUGUGGAAAUGCUCUAAACCGAUAGGCAAUCAAAUAUUUUCCAACUACUAAACUUUUCUAUAAAAUGCAUCUAGGAGAUUGAAAAAGACAAAUCGAUCUUAAAUUCUUUUUUUUUUCUAUUUUUUUAAUUAGAAAUUCUGAGCAUUUACAUUUUUCAAUUGCCUUACACCUGGAAAUUUAAAAAGACUUCAGUAAAAGGACAGUUAUUGAAUACAAAAUAUUAUGCUACCCUUUCUAAAGCUUCAAUAUUCUAAAGUUGCAACCAUAGCCCCAUAUGCAGUGAUAAUAUAUAAUUAUUUAAGCAAAACAGUAAAAAAAAAACAGGUUUCGGUGAAAGAACUGAAAAGCAAUGACAUCUGUAUACGAUAAGUAAAAACUGUUAUUAAUAGAAAAUUAAUUGUAUACUAAAGGAUUUGUCUCACAUGAAGGUACAAAAUAGUUGUUUUAUCCUGUUAUUUUUUUAGAGAAAGAAAGUUUCUAAUUCUCUUCUAGCAACAUUGCUUAUCUUCAAACUUUACCCAUGUUAUCAUCAUGCUGCUCUCGUUCCUAUCUUCAAAAAAGGAACUUGUUGCAUCCUGUAUCAGAAACUAUUUAGAUCUAGAUUGGGGGUUACAUUGGACUGCAAUAUUGUUUAAUGUGUUCCCUAUCAUUUUCGUUUUCAACAUUAGCUCGUCUUCCAAUUCCAGAGUUCUAAUAAACUCCAUUGCCUGUGCUGGCUUCACCCUAACAGGUUUCCUUGCGUAUAUUUGCAACAUGGAAACCUUCUAAUACUAGUUUAAUGAUAUUUCCACCUCUGCACAGAAUCUAUUCACUAAGUCAUCAUAAGUGUACACUGCUACAGUACUUCUUUUUCCGUUACCUCUUUUUUUCUGAAUCUUGUAUACCUAGUAUAGGAACAUUUUCUCAUCCUACAGUUUGGUGAGUUAGGCCUGCCUAUUUUUUUUGGUUUCCUUAUCACCAGGAACCCAACUAAAAAGACUUGACUGUUUCAUGAAGUUUUUUCAGCACUCCCAUGUCAGCUUUGAGUCGAUAUAUGAGAUCUCAGAGAUUUAAUAGUUGUUUGAUUAUCAAGUUCAAUUCCAAGCAUUUUUUAAGUGCUUUAACAGACGCUUAUUGAUGAUGAAUAUUAAGUAUCAUCAUCUUCUACUUCAACUUUGCUCCUGUGAUGUUUUUUAAACCAUCUGGAUUCAAUUUGAUGUUUUUUUCCGGAAAUUUGGCUGGUAUAUUUUCUUUAUCAGUUUUCCUUCUCUUUUAACACAAAUGUGGAGUGUUUUACGAUAAUUUUCAGAAUAAUUUUAUCACUUUGAAUAUUUUAUGAUAAGAUAUAGACAUGGACCAGGUUUUUGCUCAGAUUUUCUGAACUCUUGAUUUGAUCUAUUGCCAUUUGAAGAAGAUCUGUAAUGACCUUGAGUGGAACAAUAAAAAGGUCAUUUCCACAUCUAUAAAUAAAAUGUGGACAAUGUAGAGAAGUUGAUAUAUGAUAAAUUGAAUUGAUUUUUUAUUGAAGUUUAGGACCUGAUGUAAAUAGGAAAAAAUGUUUUUAGAUUUAACUUGGAAGAGGUAGAGUUUAAUGGUUAAUUAUGAUUUGAUAAAAUCUGUAGUCUAUAAUAAGUACACUCGUAAGCAAAAAAAUAGACUCAAGUCAAAAAUCUAUAGCUUUCAUUUUUUUAUUUUAGCAUAUCAAAACCAUUAGUGUUAGCUUUAUGAGUAAUGUAUGUUGUAGGUAACGACCUCUUCCCUUACAAUUUCUUCCCCGUAUCUGUUGGCCGUUGAUCCUCGCUCCACCGCAAGUUUCAAUAAAAACCAACUUUUUGCUUCCAUUGAAAUCCUACCCGAACCAUCCAGAAAUCUCCUCCAAAAGCCACGUUAUCUUUUGCGCAACACUGCGCGAAUCUUUCUUCUGUCUUCUAUUGAUACCAUGCAGACGCACUCUGCUUUUGCCUGAAAAAAGAACGGAGCCCCAUUGUUCGUCAGUCCAAUUAAUGUGUUUUCUGGCAAAUCGUAGACGGACUGCUCGAUGGGUUGGAGUUAGUUUGGGGCGAGUAGCUGUUCUUUUUGACUCAAAAUUAGCUGCCUUAAGACUUCUACUGACUGUCCAGCUACUCACAGUCACUCCUCGUUUUUCUCUGAACUUGUCUACAUUUAACACCAGUGAGGGUGCGAUUUCUCACCGAUGUGUUGAUAAUGAAUCGGUCAUCUCUCUCGGUUGUGCACUUUUUCCUUCAGGAACCGCGUCUUCGAUGAAAGAAACCUAACCUAACCAGUUUCUUGGUAACGACGGUAAACUCUUGAAACAACAGACUGACUCAUGUUCAGUGUGUUCGCCACUUCUCACUGACCUUGGCCUUGUGUAUCGGCUUACAUUUGUUGGCUAACUAAUAGUGGUGUGUUAGGUAGAUAACCUUUAAUAAGAGUCAGUUACCCCUAAUUAGCACUAUUUUAAACAAUCAAAAACGUGGUGGUUACCGAUCAUAUCUUAUUGUUAAAUUUUAUUAAGAAAAAUACAAAUUCGUGCUCAGCUUUUUUGUCAUUAACUUGCGAUUGCAGUGGUGACGCCUGAUGCGAUUUUUUUGUUCACGAGUGUAUAUUCCUAAUACAUAUAUAGAAAAAUCGUCCCUUUUUAUUAGUUCAAUACUUAUUUUUGAUCCAAUUAUGGUAUAAAUAGGUUUUUUGACAGUAUUGAUUCCAGUUAAUAGAGAACAGUCAAUCAAAACGUCUCAUUCUACCAAUUCCUACUUAUAUGAAUGUUGUUGAAAUGGUUGCAGAAAAAAAAGUGCUCCAAUUACAGGACAUGAUAACUCUAAUCUUACAUGAAAUAUUAAAAAUCUUAUAUUGUUCGGCAUUAUACACUGACUUUAUUGAAACUGUGCUUCAUUCACAUAUUCUUAACCUUAGAAACAUAAAGGGAUUUGGGGGAGUUUUGGAACCAUUGGUGAUAUUCAUACUGAACACACUGUUGACACUACCACUACACCAACACUCACAAAUACACUGUAUGACGCACGUUUCGAUAACCAAGUUAUCGUCUUCAGAGACUGAAGGUAAACUAUACUCAGUCUCUGAAGAUGGUAACUUGGUUAACUAAACGGUCGUCAGACAAUGUAAUUGUGAGUAUUGGUGUAGUUGUAGUGUAUACAAUACAAACAACAGAAAGAUAGGGAAAGCAACAAAUUUCUGGUUAAGUUGAAUUGAACUAAUAUGAUAAGUAUUCGUAAGCACAAUAAAAAUUCCAUAUAGUUAACCACUAAACUCGACUUUAACCUCAGUUUUCAAUUAAAAUUUACAUUCUAUGAAACUGUGUUUCCCAAAUUAUUUAUUUUUAUAUGUGUAAAUUAGGUUAUAUAAUUAUUUAUUAUACUCGUUGUUCAAAAGAAAACUGACCAAUUAUUAGAAUAAAUCUACAAAAAUGAGUGGGUUUAAUUUGUAAAAAAAAAUUCUUCGGGAAAGUCAAUUGUUUUUAAAAUACCAGAUGUUGUGUUUUGCACAUUUUUUAUGAUUAGUUCCAAACUACUAGCAGAAUUAUAAUGCUGUUUACUUUGAAAAACAAUGUAUGUCUCGAAUUUGUUUCUGAAUUUCAUAGGGAGUGCUAGUUACAUCGUGUGAAUACAAAACUCACUGUUUUUGAGAUAAUCCAAAUAUUUUGACAAAAUUGUGUGCCGCUUUCACAUUAUUCUUAUCAAAAACUUUUGAAGUAACAACUAACAUCAGUUAGAAAUAAUGCUUCUACACACUAAGAAAAUAAGUGAAGACAAUAAAUCCAAUCUGUUAGGGCACGUGAUCAAAAUUUCAAAAUAUAAUAUUAUAAAACUGGAAAAACAUUAAGAAAAUCUUUUGUUUAUUUAAAUUUUUUACUUUUAUUUAAUUUCUCCCCUUUUACAAUUUUGAAAACAUGACAUGAUACCUAUCAAAAAGAUGUCUUCCUUCGAGGAAGGUUGCAAAAAGAUACACUUUAUCAUAAAAUGAAUUUUUUGUUUAAAAAUUCAAAAUAAUCCAUGAAAACUCUUCCUUAUAUACAUUAAAAAUGGAUCAUUUUAAUGGUUUUCAAAAAUUUACAGUGUUAUUUAAUGGAAGAAUAAACAAUUUUGGUUUUUUAACUUUUGUUUCUUUUUUGCAAUUCAGGGACGAUUAUAUGAAAAAGGUCAUGAGAUGUGUCACCUAUUCAAAUAAAAUACCGUCACAAUGUUGCCAAGUAGCUUUAUAAUGGAUAAUUUUUUUACAAAACUAACCACUUUUUGCUAGUAAUGGGGUCACUUUCUUUUCAAACAUCCUGUAUAAUUUUAAAAGUAUGAUUUAACUCGAUAUUUUUUGUCGACAGAAGAAAAUGAUGGAUCAAUAUACCAAAGAUUAAUAAUAGUCGUCUAUUGCCAAUUUUACAAUGAUAUCUUUGACUCUAGUGAAAUAUGAGUAGAACAACCACAAACAAUUUUUCAGCUACCAAAAAAUAAUAAGAAACUAAAUAUACCGAGUUAAUCAGAUAUUUCAAUGCACACCAACCAUAACCUGUUUUCGAGAGAUUCUAACAAUUAAAAAUGAUACAGAAAAGAAUUGUUAAUUUAUAUAAAUAAUUAUUAAUUGAAUGCUGUUAAUAAAUUAAUUAAUAAACAAACCCAGAAAAAUCUCUAACAGGCAUACUGUAACAAACUUUUACAGAUUCUGGUUAUUUUUCUUCUUGACCUUUAACAUAUGAAAACAAUUAUCAUGAGUAUUAGAAGAGGAUAUAAAAUAAGCAAAGGUGUGAGUAGGUUAGGCAAUCUCGAUCUAGAUUGGUCGUGGUUCACUUGGAGGCAUGACACCCAUUGUGUUACAAUUUAUAUUCCACGAUUUAGAAACUUGUUAACUAGCUUACUACUCUCUAAUUUUUGUCCCUCUUAUAGUUCAAUCCAGAAUAACGUUUUCUACUAGUACUUGUUCUAAUUCGGCUAUGUUUUCGAGGCAAUCCAUUAUGUCGUCAUCCAAGGUUUGCCUUCGUUUCUAUAUCAGGUAAAACAUCGGCAGAGUAGAUGCUCGAUCAUCUAUCUUCUUCGUUACACUCUUUGCAAUAGUUACUUGUUGUCCUUCCAUUUCCGAAAUCUUGUACCAAUAGUACAUUGUCCAUUGAUCACUCCAAUAUUCUUCUGAAUUAAAUGUUUCGUGAAUCUUAUUAGUUUUUUUGUAAUCUCUUCAUUGAUCCUUGUCCAAAUCUCUCUGGAUAUCGUGAUCCUUAUUCUUAUACCAAUAGCAUCUUUUAAUAAUUUCAUCAGUACUAACACUGUUACUGGCAGCAUUUUUUCCCCUCUUCCCACCGAUAGGAAGUUUGUCUAUCUGCUUUAGAGUUCCCUUCCACUUCAUAGAUCGAUAAGUGUAUUGCGACAACUCAUUACUACUUUUGAUUUUGUGGUUUUUGAUUCUAUUGCUUUUAGAGCUGUCUAUGUAGAUUGUUUUUUUUUGUUUGACUCACCACUUUCCCUUAUCAGUCUAAAAGCCUUUUAUAUCGCGUAGAAUUCCUCUAGAACGAUAUUAUAUCCAGUUUUUAUUCUUCCCGACUUUUGCAAGUCCAGUUUGUUUUAAAACACAGCAGUUUAUGAUGGAUUUUUCUCCCCUUUCUUAUCUUGUAAGAACUUUGAUUUUCAUCUUUUCUUUAAAAGUCCGUUUUUAUGAUCAUGUAGUCCAUGCUCCGAGCUAAUAUUCUUUUUCCUUUUUUUACCCAUUUCCCUUUAGAUGUUACACCUUUUAUGAAAAAUUCUACAGGCUGCAAGCUUGGGAUUGCUUCUAGUGCUACUUGAGCAAUAUUUCUCAGCUCCGGUGAUUCCCAGUGGUGUUCUGAACUAUUCCUGUACAUAAAUUUGACUGUAGAAAAGAUAUCAUUGUAAGAUUCGCAAAUCAUUGAUUGAUGUUAGGAAAAUAUACUUAAAAAAAUGUAAAAAUUGAAUUGGUAUAAUAGGAAAUAUUUAAGAAUACAAAUAAAUAUGUAAGUGUUAAGUUUCUCUAAUACAUUGUAUAUAAUAUUGAAAGUAUUAAAAAAAUUGGAAAGUAA